AGCGGAUAAAAAAGUAUUUUGCCCUGAUGUUUGUCCUGCUCGUGGCAAGGUGUAGGUUAUCUUCCUAUAUUUGCACUAAGCUAAAGGGAGAGGGGGAGGAAGGGAAUAAACACAUAAAUCCUUCCCUGUCUUUAUAAGGGGAAAGCAAAGCAGGAGAGAAUCAGAACGUUAUUUCUGCCAGAAGUACAGAACAGCAGUUCCACCUUCUCGGUGUCAUACCUACAAACUUCUGAUUCUCGCUGCUUCCUCUUGUGACCUUUGGCAUCAAGAUGCAGACUAUCUUGGGAUCCUUCCUGUUCCUCGUGCUUCUAAGAACAGGCACUUCUCUGGAAUGUGAAGUUUGUAAUGGCAUGGGCAACAGCUGUACUGGCCCCAUGAUGACCUGUGAACCCGGUCAAGACACCUGUGCCAUCAUAUUGACUGAAAACUCCUUAGCCGGAGAAAGAAUUCAGACGGUGAUGAAGCAGUGCUAUUAUUCCAAUGUGUGUAACUCACUCACUACGGACAUGAACUUGGGACAGGGCAGAUAUGUUCGGACAAUCAUCUCCUGUUGUGAGGGGGAUGCCUGUAGAACCACUUCUCCUCAAAGUAGGUACAGUAUUUGUCUGGAGAUCAAAGGUGGGUAG